AUGGCAGAAACAUUGGAUUCGAAAGCUGCUCCUAAAGCCCUCGAGAUGAUCCGCCCAAAUACGAAAGAGUCACAAGCUCAAAAUCUUGCCUCGAACUCUCCACGAAGUGAGUGGAGAAGCUUUUGUUGUCGAUUGGGGCGGGCAGGACGACCCGAGCAUCCCUUGAACUGGUCAGAUAAGAAGAAGGGGUUGAACAUCGCCAUCUUGUCUCUUCUCAGCAUAGUCACGCCUUUGGGUUCCUCGAUGUUCGCGCCUGGCAUUCCCCUUAUCAUGAAAGAAUUUCACGACGAUAGCUCUAUCACUGCCACCUUUCUGCUCUCGAUCUACGUUCUUGGAUUUGCCCUUGGUCCUCUCCUUGUCGCCCCGAUGAGUGAACUUUACGGCCGUAGAUAUCUCUACACCUUCGGGAAUAUCCUCUUCACAGUAUUCACGAUUGGGACAGCAUUGAGCAAUAGCAUCGGGAUGUUGCUUGCUUUUCGUCUUUUUAUGGGUCUAUCUGGCGUUGUUCCCCUCACCAUUGGAAGCGGAAGCAUCGCAGACAUGAUGCCGCCCGAAAAGCGAGGCAGGGCUGUCUCCAUCUGGGCACUGGGUCCCUUGUUGGGCCCAUGUGUAGGGCCGGUCGCUGGUGGUUAUCUCAUUCGCGCCGCUGGAUGGAGGUGGGUGUUUUGGCUUAUUAGCAUUCUGGCAGGAACAUUCAUACCUGUCUCAAUUCUUGGAUCACGCGAAACGUACCCUCCUGCCUUACUGGAGAGCAAGGCCAGUCGUCUUCGGAAGAAGACUCAAAAUAAAGAGAUCCGUAGCAGGCUCGAGCAAAAGACCCCUAUGUCAGAGAAACUCCGUCUUGCUGCCAUUCGCCCGAUCAAGCUCUUAGUAGCCACUCCAGUAGUAACUCUCAACGCCCUAUACAUCGCUAUAUCUUACGGAAUUCUGUACCUCCUGGUCGCAACUUUCACCUUUGUCUACUGUCGCAAAAACGACGCCGUUAAUUACGGGCAGCAAUUAACGCCAUAUAUACCCUACGGCAUCUACACAGAGCACUAUGGAUUUGACGAAGGCUCAAGUGGCCUCUCUUUUCUUCCCGCUGGUAUCGGCAUGGUCAUUGGCGUGAUCGGUUUCGGGCAGCUGACAGACUUGAUCGUGAAGCGUACAAAAGCCAGAGGUCUGGAGCACAAGCCCGAAGACCGACUGAAACCAAUCAUGACUGUUCCUUGUGCGCUAGCUUUGCCAUUCGGUUUGUUCCUUUACGGCUGGACGGUCCAGAAUGGGACUCAUUGGAUUGUUCCAAUGUUCGGCGUCAUGGUUAUGUGUAUCGGACUGAUGGGCACGAUGUAUGCCGCGUCUGUGACAGCGGCACUGACAAUUUUGAGGUCGCUUCUUGGUGCCUUAUUACCCUUGUCCGGGCUGGAAAUGUAUGAGGCUUUGGGCCUUGGUUGGGGGAACAGUUUAUUGGGAUUCAUUGCACUGAGUCUUGUUCCAAUUCUGUGUCAUUUUAUAUCAUCAUACAUGAAGAUUUCCUUCCGUCCCCGACGAUGCACCGUACGCAACAUCCUGGAUUUCUUCCGGUCACGAUAG